AUGGACACAACUUUGUCCACUGGAGAUGCAGGGAACGAGAAGGAGCGGACGGACGAGAGGGAGGGGGGAGACGAGUGGGAGUGGAGGCACGAACUGAAGAAAGCGCGGAAAGCUUUAGCAGAGGCAAGGCGGCGGGAGGAGGAGCUGGAAGGAGUGUUGAGGGAGGGCGAGAGGGCUAUGGGCGAGCUGGAGGAGUGGAUAGCGCGCAAGGUGGGCGCCAUGUCGUUGCUGGCUGCCGACCUUCUUGAGGAGUGGCUGAAGGAAGCGGUGCUGUCUCGGGUCGAUGGAGCGCGCAAGCGCGCGUGCAUGGCAGAUGGCGCGCCCUCGCAUCCGAUGAUGAUGAUGGAGAAUUUGGCGGCUCUGUCUGCCCAUGCAGAGGCAAUCCGUUCAAUGGUGCAGGGAGUGCGGAGGCUGGCGUUUGAGGUUCGGACGGCUCACGCGGAUAGAAUGCAAGAGGAGAAAGAGGGAAGGGGGGAGAAGCCGUGGGAAAAGGAGAACGAGGAGGGGGGGGAGGUGCGGGAGGAAGGGGUGGGGGAUGUGAGAGGGGUGGAUGUGAGAGGGGCGGAUGUGAGGGGGGCAGAUAUGAGAGGGGCGGAUGUGAGAGGGGCGGAUGUGAGAGGGGCGGAUGUGAGAGGGGCAGAUGUGAGAGGGGCGGAUCCAAUCAUCUCUGCUGCCCACAGUGCUGGCAGCAGUGGGGGAGCGGGGGUGGAUUCAGAAGGAGCGGUUACAACCAAUGUGAAGGAGAGGCACGCACACAGGGGAGGAGGGGGAGUUAGGGCGGGGAGAGCAGGGGGAACGCAGGUGAAGACGGCGCAGCAGUGGCCGCCGGUGGGUGGGAGAGCAAGCGAAGCAGAGUCAGACGCAGUACCGCUCUUCCAGUGCAUGUCUCGGCUCCAGCGGCUCGUCAUUGCAUGCGUUGAACCCUUUGACUUGCUUCCCAACGUACCAGCAGCCAACCCGCCCCCUCCCUCUAAUCCUCGCACCGAACUCCGGCCGUUUAAGCCGUUUGAGAGCUUGAGGGAGCUGCAUGUAAGCCGGGUGACCGACUCUAUUCUGCAGCAGGUUGGGGUGCUGACGAGCCUUGAGGUCUUCUCUUGCACGUGCAGCAAGGGGGUGAGUUCCAGGGGAUGGAUGCACCUCAAGGGACUGCACCUGGAGGUGCAUGCAGUCGAUCCCAGCAGCACAGCAGUGAGAUCCGUCUCCAACCUCAGGCAGCUCAAAACCCUCCGCAUCACCGGCACUCUGCUUGACGAUUCUGAUGUGGUGUGCUUGAGACGCCUCUCGCUGCUCACCGACCUCAGCCUGGCUGCCUGCACGUUCGCAGCAGACCGGGCUGUGAGGUCUGUGAUCCAAGGCAUGGCUCACCUGCAGUCGCUGGACCUGUCGGGAACGGCCAUCAGCCAAGGUGCUGUGCAUCUGCAAGCACUUGAGCGGCUGGAGCGGUUGAAACUGCAGCAGUGCAGCGGCAUGAGCAGGCUGUUUGUGCAGCAUCUCAGUGUCGUUCCUGCGCUGAGGGAGCUAGAUCUGGGAUGCAACAACAUGCAGCAUGCGUGGCUGCUGCCGGUCCUGGAAGGGAAGAAGGUGACUCGGCUUAGGGUAGGGGGCUGCGGGUUUGUGGAGAGAACGUUGCGUGAGUUUUCACGGGCUUGGAUCGAGAUUGACUCAGAAUGGGAUGAUGAUUGA